AUGCCUACCGACGUGUUUGAUAACCUCACCUACGCAUCCAUGGAGCCAUGCACCGGCGAGAAGGCCAAGCUCAACAACAAGGCGUCAAUCCGAUGCCGCCAGCUGCUCCGCUUCUACGAACACGUCAAAUGCCUCGCGCCGAACGAAGGUAACAAGAGCUCCAUUGAGAGCCUUUUGGCCAUCUUGGAGCCCCGCCUUGCCAAGGCGAGCAACAUUGCUUCAACAACGACUGAGAGUGAAGACGAGGAGCCAUUUCUCGAUUCUUGGCGUGUCGACGAUCAGAGACAUUUGAAGGGCUGGCUCACGAAAAAUUUCGACAAGUGGAACGAUGAUGAAGGAAAGCAAGGCGAAGAUGACCAAGCACCUGAUCAUCAUGGACAUGGGAACAUCGUCAUUCCGGUCACGCCGGCAGAUGUGCCCACCGAGGUGGAGGCUGUUACAGCUCUCACGAGCGAGAUGGCAAUCUCUUCGCCAGAAGCAGCUCAGGAUGACGUUUCCCGUCAUGUCGAGGCAAACGCCGCAUCUCUCGCCCCUGCACCCUUGAAUCUGCGACGGUCACCACCACUGCACGCCAUCGUCACGCCGCCGCCGGCACUGGCGCCUCUGCCAGCCGAAUACUACGCCUUUGCCCGCGCGAGAUCCCAGCGAGGACAGGCCCGAAGACGGCUCGACGAGGCCAACAAGGAUGAGACGAGAGCAAGGGACGCGUUCAAAGAGGGAACCGACGCGUACAACGGGGCUUCCAAGGCCUCCGGAGCCGGCAACCGUAGCAGCACCAUCAGCACAAACAGUGCCAAGGUCUACCUGCAUGCUUCAUCGGAGUUCCAAAAGGCACGCGCCAAGGCGGAGGAAGCAACUGCGGCAUUUGCCGAGGCGGAGCGUCGUGUAGAGGCAGCCAAGGCGGUGUUUGUGGCAUGGGUGCGUGAGCAGCGACAGCAGGGUCAGCGGGAGUAG